AUGGCCGAAGAGUCAUCCCCUUCGCAGUAUUCUGGCUGGUCCAACGCCAGCCUUAUAAAUCGAAUUCACGAACUGGAACGCCAAUUAAAUGAAUGCCCUCAAACUAGCGUCUCAGCACCUAGCACCGAAUGCCAAAGCCUUGAAAAAAAGCGAGGUCAGACGGAGAGAACAACAGCUGAUAAUCGACCCCGCGAACGAUCCACGAGUACGAAUCCUCCUCGAAAGUCGGAUAAGAAACGCCGUAAAAUCGAUCCUUCAAGAUAUUCAACGCGCCAUAUUGCCAUUAAAUUUGCGUAUCUGGGGAAACGAUACAAUGGAUUAGAGCAUGCUAAUGGCAAUUUUACAGAGGUACCAACCAUUGAAGAGGAACUCUGGAAGGCUUUGCGGAAGACCCGCCUUAUAUUUCCGACACAUAAAGACUGUACUGAGGAAUUUAGCGGAAAGGAUAGCAGCCCUUCUCGCCCAUACUCGAUACACUGGGAUGGGUGCCAAUACUCCAAAUGUGGCCGGACGGACAAAGGCGUCAGCGCUUUUGGACAGGUGAUAGGCAUCAGAGUACGAAGCUUGAGGCCAGCGGAUUCAAGUCCACCUACUGAGGCAAAUGGAGGAGACGCUAUGGAUUCUGCCGUUGCAGUAGAAUUGGGUACGGGAGAUGAAAAUAGACGAAGUGGUGUACCUGGUACAGGAGAAGCCAAAGCAGCAGUUUGGGAUGAUAUUGCCGACGAAUUGCCUUACAUACAGAUCCUAAACGGCGCUCUACCUGAGGACAUACGAGUUCUAGCAUGGUGCCCUCAUUUGCCUGCAGAUUUUGAUGCACGGUUUUCCUGUCGCCAAAGAAGGUACCGUUACUUCUUUACCCAGCCUGCAUUCUGCCCUACCCCUGGUGCUAGAGGCAUUGUCAGAGCUCCUGAAUUGAAAGACGACCCGUCUUCACCUCGGCCCAGGGAGGGAUGGUUGGAUAUUGAAGCUAUGCGCGAGGCAGCACAGUAUUUUGUAGGCAGCCAUGAUUUUCGGAAUUUCUGCAAAGUUGAUACGAGCAAGCAAAUAACGAAUUUUGUGCGGCGCAUUUUACGUGCAGAUCUAGAGCUUGUGGACCCCCAAAGAACCCCUCUUGGCUUUGUGCAAAUGCCUGGGUUUGAACGUCUCGAAAAUAGCCCCAGAAAUACUGGGAUCCCCGAAGGACCUAAUGACAUCAAUCCAGCAGCCAGCAAGGUAUAUUCAUUUACAGUACACGGUACAGCGUUUCUAUGGCAUCAGAUUCGCCAUAUGGUUGGAAUCCUGUUUCUAGUCGGCCAAGGGCUUGAGCACCCGUCUAUCGUUCCCGAGCUUUUAGAUGUCACAAAAAACCCACGGCGGCCGGUGUAUGAGAUGGCAUCGGACAGCCCCCUCGUUCUCUGGGACUGUAUAUUUGGGGAAGAAGAGGAUGAGCUAGAUUGGGUCUAUCCAGGUGAUCCACGAACUCUGAAAACUCCCUCGCGCAGGACGGAUGGAAAUUUUGGUCAAGGCGGUCUUGUCGAGGACUUGUGGACCCUCUGGAGAAAUAGAAAGAUCGAUGAGUUGCUGGCUGGUACAUUGUUGGAAUCCAUGGCGAAUCGAGGACAGUUAACGGCUGCUUCGAAAGGCGAUGGCCAUCCAUCCAACCAGGGGCAAACAGUUCAAAACCCUAGGGUUUUUAGCGGAGGGGACAACGGGAAACCAGUUGGGAAAUAUGUCCCAUUACUGAACAGAACAAAGCUUGACCUUGUUGAGGACAUGAAUGCCCGGUAUCUAUCGAAAAAGGGGCACAAGUACUGGAACAAAGUGCUGGAAUACCAGGAAGAGCAGCGGAAAGCGGCAUUUGAUGCUGAAUGA